GAGAGCAGCAGGAUACGCGCCACCAGUUGCUCCCAUUUUGCUAAUAACAUCUUGCGCCCCUGGCCGCACUUUCUCCCCCUCCCACAACCUAUUUAAACAGCAUCUGAUCUUUCCUUUGGUCUUUAUAAAGAAGGUUGCACGCAUCUCCGUCUCACCGGUUAGAGACUCGUGAUGGCUUUGGCGGAUCCAGAGCGCGGGAUAUCAAACGGCGCCGAUUCCGCGUGGCCGUUUCCUGACAUUAUUGAACUAAACGUCGGUGGACAAGUGUAUGUGACACGACACACGACCUUAAUAUCCGUACCCGAUUCACUCCUGUGGACCAUGUUUAGUAAGAAAACACCGAAAGAGCUCGCGCGGGACAGUAAGGGUCGUUACUUUUUGGAUAGGGACGGUUUUCUUUUCCGUUAUAUAUUAGACUAUCUACGGGAUCUGAAUCUGGUGUUGCCUGACUUUUUCCCAGAGAAGAGUAGACUACAGAGGGAGGCGGAGUUUUUCCAGCUGCGGGAUCUGUCCAAGCUAUUGAGUCCCAAAAUGAGUAAAGACAACUCCAUCACCGACGAGAUCUGCCAAAGUGAUUCGGAGGAGCCGUCGGCGCUGAGCGCGAUUCCCCUGGUCGGACCAGAGUCCUCGCGCGCGCUUUCCGUCGUCAACACCGCUGUCUCCCCUUCACUGGAGUCCAAAAAGUCUGGCUACAUCACAGUCGGCUACCGUGGCUCGUAUACGAUCGGGAGAGACGUACAGACCGACGCCAAAUUCAGGAGGGUCGCAAGAAUCACGGUGUGCGGAAAAACGUCUUUGGCUAAAGAGGUGUUUGGAGACACUUUAAACGAGAGCAGAGACCCGGACCGACCACUGGAGAGGUACACGUCACGAUAUUAUCUCAAAUAUAAUUUUCUCGAGCAGGCGUUUGACAAACUGUCAGAAUUUGGUUUCCAUAUGGUCGCGUGCAGCUCCACGGGAACGUGCGCCUACUCCAGCAAUGACCCGAACGAGGACAAAAUCUGGACAAGCUACACAGAGUAUGUUUUCUGCAGAGAAUAACCACAUAUCUGUUACAUUUAAGCGUAUUAUAUAUGUAUAUACAAGUCUACCUGUAUAUCCAUAUGAGUCAAGUUUCAUCUACUGCUAUUAUGUCACUUUCAUAUCUGGCAAUUUUAUAGUUUGCACUUCACAUUUGGCUACAGUGCAAAAAAAACUGUUAGCCUACUCGGUUGUUUUGUCUUGUUUUCCAACACAGUUAUCUAAACAAGAUAUAUUCACUUAAGAAGCAAAAGCAUUUAUGAGAUUUAGAUUAGGAAAUUAAGAAAA